GCCUCCAAAGAGUGACCACAUUCGGAAAAAUAAAAGUAGUUUUAUUUGUCGCUUCUCAAGGUGGCAAACCAAGGAGAACAAGAAGAGUCCAGGGCCACUGAGCCUGUGGUUGAUGACGUCUACAAUUUUGAAGACGACCCUGCGGUUGAUAGGUUCAAUAGGUUUGGCACAGAGAUGUCUGCCAUGGUCUCCGCCUUGACACAGGUUGUUUCUGGUCGCUCUCAGACUGAGGCUGAAAGGGCACACUCUUCCUCCUCUUCGGCUGGACAUAAGAGAGGAUGGCUUGGAAUCGGUUCUUCUUCACUUGGUCCGAUCGAAGAAUUCACAAGCAAGGCAUUACCAGACGAAAUAGGGGGAAAAAGAAGGAGAUACAGGGGAGUAAGGCAGAGACCAUGGGGAAAAUGGGCGGCUGAGAUACGCGAUCCACAUAAAGCCGCUAGGGUGUGGCUCGGGACGUUUGAUACAGCGGAGGCCGCUGCUAGAGCCUAUGACGAGGCUGCACUCAGGUUCCGUGGAAGUAAAGCAAAGCUUAAUUUCCCCGAGGAUGUAAGGCUUCUUCUUCCUCCCCCUCCCCCUCCUCUUCCCUUACCCACUGACACGGUGGUGAAUAAAGCAGAAGAGGAUCUUAUGAAUUAUAGGAGUUAUUCAAAGUUGUUGCAAAGUUCAGGCCAACGGUCUUUUUAUGGGCAUGGACAAGAAGAGAGUAGCAACAUAUUAGAACAUUCACCGAUGAAACAACCUCUGCCUCCUUCAAGUUCUGGUCAAAGAUCCUCUGAUUUUUCUGGACCUUCCUCUACCUAAUACAUUUUUAUGUUAUAAUAAGGAUUUUUCUUGUCUUUAUACAAUGUUAAGUGCGAAACAAUAUAUAUAUUUUACUCUGUUAUUUCAA